AUGCGUCGCCUCAAGUUCAGCAAUUCGUCGACGGUCACCAGCCAACAAACUUUCAAGCCCCAAUCAUCAUCAUCUUCGGGAAGAAAAGGAAGAAAACAACCAUUCAUAGUUGUGAGCUCAAUCAAUAGCAGCAAUGUAAAGUAUUCACACGAUGACAUUCAAGACCGAAAGUAUCAUAAUGUCUGUAUUCAUUCCUUUCAAUCAUCACAAAAUUCGUCAUCCUCCCGAAAAGAAUUAAUUCAACAACAUUUCAAAAAUUGUACUCAAUGCGGAAAAUGUUGUACAGGAUAUGGAUCCAUUCGAGUCUAUUUAAAUGAUGCAUCGACCCUUGAAGCUAUUGCAAAAUAUUUAAAUUUGAGUGUUGAGGAUUUUUGUAAGAAUUAUGUCAUGAGUUCAAUUUCACCUCGUUCCAAAGAUGAAAAGCUUCUCUCCAUUAAAUACAAACCUUCACUGAAUUUCCAUAAACGAGUUGAAUGUGUGUUUUUGAAACAGAAAGGAGUGGAUCAUGAAGGAAAAGCCAUUUAUCAGUGUGUGAUUUAUCCAGUACGACCGGAUCAGUGUCGAACAUUCCCUCAUGGUUGGGAUGAAGAAAUUGAAACAGAUGAAACCUUUUAUAAUAUGAUUGAAAAUUGUGAUGCAUUAGAAACGUUGAAGGUGGAACGAGGGUGGGAAGAAAAUGACAAAUAG